AUGGAUCCAGUCCUGGUCCUGGUGCUCACUCUGUCCUGUCUGCUUCUCCUCUCACUCUGGACACAGAGCAUUGGGAGAGGGAAGCUCCCUCCUGGCCCCACUCCUCUCCCAAUCAUUGGAAACAUCCCUCAGAUAGAUGUGAAGGACAUGGGCCAAUCUAUAGAACUUUUUUUAAAGCUUCUCCACUUCCCCGUAUUUAUUCUGUAUUUUGGCAUGAAGCCCUCCAUGGUGUUGUAUGGGUAUGAAGCGGUGAAGGAAGCUCUUGUUGAUCUAGGAGAGGAAUUUUCUGGGAGAGGCAGUUUUCCAGUAGUUGAAAAAGUUGACAAAGGCCUUGGAAUUAUUUUUAGCAAUGGGAUGAAAUGGAAGAAUAUCCGGCAUUUCUCCAUCAUGACUCUGAGGAAUUUUGGGAUGGGCAAGAGGAAUAUUGAGGAUUGUGUUCAAGAGAAGGCUCGGUGUCUUGUGGAGGAACUGAGGAAUGGCAAAGAUAGGUGUGCCCCCUGUGAUCCCACUUACAUCCUGGGCUGUGCUCCCUGCAAUGUGAUCUGCUCCAUUAUUUUCCAGAAACGCUUUGAUUAUAAAGAUCAGACUUUCCUUAACUUGAUGGAUAAAUUUAAUGAAAAAUUCAGGCUCUUGAGCACACCACGGAUACAGGUCUGAAAUACUUUCCCUGCCAUUAUUGAUUAUUUCCCUGGAAAUCAUAACCAAGUAUUUAAGAACUUCUCCUAUAUAAAAAACUAUGUUUUGGAGAAAGUAAAGGAACACCAAGAGUCCUUAGACAUGGAAAAUCCUUGGGACUUCAUUGAUUGUUUCUUGAUCAAAAUGGAACAGGUAAAGUAUGAUCUCUUGGCUAAAGUCCAGGAAGAGAUAGAAUGUGUAGUUGGCAGAAACUGGAGCCCCUGCAUGCAGGACAGGAGCCACAUGCCCUACACAGAUGCUGUGGUGCAUGAGAUCCAGAGAUACAUUGACCUUAUCCCCACGAACCUGCCUCAUUCAGUGACCUGUGAUGUAAAAUUCAGAAACUACUUCAUUCCCAAGGGUACCACUGUGAUAACAUCACUGACAUCCAUGCUGCAUGAUGACAAAGAAUUUCCUAAUCCAGAGAAGUUUGAUCCUGGUCACUUUCUAGAAGAGAGAGGCAACUUUAAGAAGAGUGACUACUUUGUGCCAUUCUCAGCAGGAAAGUGGAUGUGUGCAGGAGAAGCCCUGGCUCGCAUGGAGCCGUUUCUGUUCUUCACCACCAUUUUACAGAAUUUUAACUUGAAGGCUCUGGUUGACGUAAAGGACAUUGAUACAACACCAGUUGUCAGUGGAUUUGGCCAUGUGCCCCCUUUGUACCAGGGUCGUUUUAUUCCUGUGUAA